GUGGGGGCUCUGCUAUGGAUCAGUGUGAGGACCGAGAGGAGGGAGCCCCCCCCUCUAAAGGCUCUCUGUGUGGGGAACAGGACAGCCAGACCAAAGCUCAGAGCCCAGAGACACCACAUUCUGCUGGAUCUGGACCUGGACCAAGAACUGGACCUGGAUCUGGACCUGGACCUAAACCUGUUCCUAGGCCUAAACCUGUUCCUGGGCCUAAACCUAGACUAGGAUCUGGACCAGAUCCUGGACCUGGAUGUGGACCUAAACCUGUUCCUGUAUCUGGAACAGGACCUGAAGCUGGACCUGGACCCAGCUGUGUGUCCUUGAAGAGUGACCAGUCUAUGGAUGACCGUAUUCGCUUCAAAGGUGGACCCCCCUCAGCUGAUCAGAGGAUCCAGCAUGAGAGACCUGGACCCAGCGGUGUGUCCUUGAAGAGUGACCAGUCUAUGGAUGACCGUAUUCGCUUCAAAGAUGGAGCCCCCUCAGCUGAUCAGAGAGUCCAUCUGCAGAGACUAAAGGCCCCCAGGGGUCAGUCUGCCCAGCAGCAUCACACUGACCUGGACUCCAUAUUUAUGCUGCUCCAGGAGAACAUCAGCAGAUUUGUGGAGGACGAGCUGAAGAAGAUCCAGAGAGUACUGAGUUCAGAUUACCCACAAAGCUCAGAGAGUCAGAGGGAGGAUGAGGAGCAGAGGAGCAGCAGAGAGGCAUUUGUGAACAUCACACUGCACUUCCUGAGGAGCAUGAAGCAGGAGGAGCUGGCUGAGCGUCUGCAGAGCAGAACCAGAGCUGCAGUCUGUCAGCGUAAACUCAAGUCCUCCCUGAAGGAGAAGUUCCAGUGUGUGUUUGAGGGCAUUGCUAAAGCAGGAAACCCAACCCUUCUGAACCAGAUCUACACAGAGCUCUACAUCACAGAGGGGGGGGCUGCAGAGGUCAAUGAGGAACAUGAGGUCAGACAGAUUGAAACAGCAUCCAGGAAACCAGACAGACCAGAAACCCCCAUCAGACAAGAAGAGCUCUUUAAAGCCUCACCUGGAAGAGAUGCACCAAUCAGAGCAGUGCUGACAAAGGGAGUGGCUGGCAUUGGGAAAACAGUCCUAACUCAGAAGUUCACUCUGGACUGGGCUGAAGGCAAAGCCCACCAGGACAUCCAGUUCACAUUCCCAUUCACCUUCAGAGAGCUGAAUGUGCUGGGAGAGAACCAGUACAGCUUGGUGGGACUUGUUCAUCACUUCUUCCCUGAAACCAGAGACGCAGGAAUCUGCAGCUUUGAUCAGUUCCCGGUUGUGUUCAUCUUUGACGGUCUGGAUGAGUGUCGACUUCCUCUGGACUUCCACAACACUGAGGUCCUGACUGAUGUCACAGAGUCCACCUCAGUGGAUGUGCUGCUGACAAACCUCAUCAGGGGGAAGCUGCUUCCCUCUGCUCGCCUCUGGAUAACCACACGACCUGCAGCAGCCAAUCAGAUCCCUCCUGAGUGUGUGGACAUGGUGACAGAGGUCCGAGGGUUCACUGACCCCCAGAAGGAGGAGUACUUCAGGAAGAGGUUCAGAGAUCAGGAGCAGGCCGGCACCAUCAUCUCCCACAUCAAGACCUCACGAAGCCUCCACAUCAUGUGCCACAUCCCAGUCUUCUGCUGGAUCUCUGCUACAGUUCUGGAGGAGCUGCUGAAGACCAGAGAGGGAGGAGAGCUGCCCAAGACCCUGACUGAGAUGUACAUCCACUUCCUGGUGGUUCAGUCCAAAGUGAAGAACAUCAAGUAUGAUGGAGGAGCUGAGACAGAUCCACACUGGAGUCCAGAGAGCAGGGAGAUGAUGGAGUCUCUGGGAAAACUGGCUUUUGAGCAGCUGCAGAAAGGCCACCUGAUCUUCUAUGAGUCCGACCUGACAGAGUGUGGCAUCGAUAUCAGAGCAGCCUCAGUGUACUCAGGAGUGUUCACACAGGUCUUUAGAGAGGAGAGAGGACUGUACCAGGACCAGGUGUUCUGCUUCGUCCAUCUGAGCCUUCAGGAGUUUCUGGCUGCUCUUCAUGUCCAUCUGACCUUCAUCAAGUCUGGAGUCAUCCUGCUGUCAGAAGAACCAACAACCUGGCGGACCAAAGUCUUCAGAGACAAACCUAAACUAACACAUCUCUACCAGAGAGCUGUGGACCAGGCCUUACAGAGUCCAAACGGACACCUGGACUUGUUCCUCCGCUUCCUCCUGGGUCUUUCUCUGCAGACCAAUCAGAAACUCCUACGAGGGCUGCUGACACAGACAGGAAGUAGCUCAGAGACCAAUCAGAAAACAGUCCAGUACAUCAAGAAGAAGAUAGAAGAGGAUCUGUCUCCAGAGAGGAGCAUCAACCUGUUCCACUGUCUGAAUGAACUGAAGGAUCGUUCUCUGGUGGAGCAGAUCCAACAGUCCCUGAGUUCAGGAAGUCUCUCCACAGAUGAUCUGUCUCCUGCUCAGUGGUCAGCUCUGGUCUUCAUCUUACUGUCAUCAGGAGAAGAUCUGGACGUGUUUGACCUGCAGAAAUACUCUGCUUCAGAGGAGGCUCUCCUGAGGCUGCUGCCAGUGGUCAAAGCCUCCAACAAAGCUCUGCUGAGUGACUGUAACCUGUCAGAGAGAAGCUGUGCAGCUCUGUCCUCAGUCCUCAGCUCCCAGUCCUCUAGUCUGAGAGAGCUGGACCUGAGUCACAACGACCUGCAGGAUUCAGGAGUGAAGCUGCUGUCUGCUGGACUGCAGAGUCCUCACUGUGAACUGGAGACUCUCAGUCUGUCAGGCUGUCUGGUCUCAGAGGAAGGCUGUGUUUCUCUGGCUUCAGCUCUGAGCUCCAACCCCUCCCAUCUGAGAGAGCUGGACCUGAGCUACAAUCAUCCAGGAGACUCAGGAGAGAAGCUGCUGUCUGCUGGACUGGAGGAUCCCCUCUGGAGACUGGAGACCCUCAGGCUGGACCAUGGUGGAGAGCAGAGGUUAAAACCAGGUGUGAGGAAGUACUCCUGUGGACUCUCUCUGGACUCAAACACAGCUCACAGAGAACUCAAACUGUCUGAUGACAACAGGAAGGUGACACAUGUGAGAGAGAAGCAGCCAUAUCCUGAUCAUCCAGAGAGGUUCGACUACUGGUGUCAGCUGAUGUGUAGAGAAGCUCUGACUGGUCGCUGUUACUGGGAGGUCGAGUGGAGAGGAGGGGUUUAUAUAUCAGUGACUUACAGAGGAAUCAGCAGGAGAGGACGCAGUGAGGACUGUGUGUUUGGACAUAAUGAUCAGUCCUGGAGUCUGAGCUGCUCUGCUGGACGUUACUCUGUCAGGCACAAUAAGAGAGAACAGACAUUACCUUCCUCCUCCUCCUCCUCCUCCUCCCCCUCCUCUGGUAGAGUAGCAGUGUAUCUGGAUCAUCCUGCUGGCUCUCUGUCCUUCUACAGAGUCUCCUCUGACACACUGAUCCACCUCCACACCUUCAGAACCACAUUCACUGAACCUCUCUGUUUUGGGUUUGGGUUCUGGGCUAUGGUUCCUCAGUGUCUCUGUGUCCUCUGUAGGAGGAGAUCAUGUUGGAGGUGAAUGAAUCUAACUCUGGUUAAUAUCACACUCACUAAUCCUGUUGUUGAAUUACACUGAUGUGAAUGUUCUUGUUUACUUCCUGUUGUGGGUGGAGCUACACACCGGUGUGCAAUUCCAAUAAAUGGCCAGGCCGCUCGGGGAGAGCUGUGUGUUUCCUGCAGGCCAAAUGUGA